GACUGAACGGCCACCCUUCCGAGCUUCGGAAGGGUGGAAAGCGCGCUUCCCUGCUUUACGGCAAGGGCGCGCGCGUUUGCGACAGUGUGACGCUAGCCAGUUUUGGCGGGAAAAGUGCUGCAUUUGGAUUCCUGUGGUGGCGGGCAGAGGACGGCCUGCCGUGGUACACAGUGGAGUCAUGGCAGUGCCCUUUGUGGAAGACUGGGACUUGGUGCAAACCCUGGGAGAAGGUGCCUAUGGAGAAGUUCAACUUGCUGUGAAUAGAAGAACUGAAGAAGCAGUUGCAGUGAAGAUUGUAGACAUGAAGCGUGCCAUAGACUGUCCAGAAAAUAUUAAGAAAGAGAUCUGUAUCAAUAAAAUGUUAAAUCAUGAAAAUGUAGUGAAAUUUUAUGGUCACAGGAGAGAAGGCAAUAUUCAAUACCUAUUUCUGGAGUAUUGUAGUGGGGGAGAACUUUUUGACCGAAUAGAGCCAGACAUAGGCAUGCCUGAACAAGAUGCUCAGAGGUUCUUCCAUCAACUCAUGGCAGGGGUGAUUUAUCUGCAUGGUAUUGGAAUAACUCACAGGGAUAUUAAGCCAGAAAAUCUCCUGUUGGAUGAAAGGGAUAACCUCAAAAUCUCUGACUUUGGCUUGGCAACAGUGUUUCGGCAUAAUAAUCGUGAGCGUUUAUUGAACAAGAUGUGUGGUACUUUACCUUAUGUUGCUCCAGAACUUCUAAAGAGGAAAGAAUUUCAUGCAGAACCAGUUGAUGUUUGGUCCUGUGGAAUAGUACUUACUGCAAUGUUGGCUGGAGAAUUGCCAUGGGACCAGCCCAGUGACAGUUGUCAGGAGUAUUCCGAUUGGAAAGAAAAAAAAACAUACCUCAACCCUUGGAAAAAAAUUGAUUCUGCUCCUCUAGCUCUGUUGCAUAAAAUCCUAGUUGAGAAUCCAUCAGUAAGGAUUACCAUCCCAGAUAUCAAAAAAGAUAGAUGGUACAACAAACCACUCAAGAAAGGGGCAAAGCGGCCCCGAAUCACUUCAGGUGGUAUAUCAGAGUCACCUAGUGGAUUCUCUAAACACAUUCAAUCCAAUUUGGACUUCUCUCCAGUAAACAGUACUUCUAGUGAAGAAAAUGUGAAGUACUCCAGUUCCCAGCCAGAACCACGGACAGGUCUGUCCUUAUGGGACACCAGCCCUUCAUAUAUUGAUAAACUGGUACAAGGGAUCAGUUUUUCUCAGCCCGCAUGUCCAGAUCAUAUGCUUCUGAAUAGUCAGUUACUUGGCACCCCGGGAUCCUCACAGAACCCCUGGCAGCGCUUGGUCAAAAGAAUGACACGAUUUUUUACCAAAUUGGAUGCAGAUAAAUCUUAUCAAUGCCUGAAAGAGACUUGCGAGAAAUUGGGAUAUCAAUGGAAGAAGAGUUGUAUGAAUCAGGUUACUGUAUCAACAACUGAUAGAAGAAACAAUAAACUGAUUUUUAAAGUAAAUUUAGUAGAAAUGGAUGAGAAGAUCUUGGUUGAUUUCCGGCUUUCUAAGGGUGAUGGAUUAGAAUUCAAGAGACACUUCCUGAAGAUUAAAGGGAAGCUGAGUGAUGUUGUAAGCAGCCAGAAGAUUUGGCUUCCUGCCACAUGAUAGAUCCAUUGGCUCUGGAAUUCCUGGUGAAUAUAGUGCUGCUACGUUGACAUUAUUCUUCCUAGAGAAGAUUAUCCUAUUCUGCAAACUGCAAACAAUAGUCCCUAAAGAGUUGUCUUCCCUCCAGCCAAACAUUUUCUAAUUUUUUGUAUGUUCUACACAUAAAUAAUACCUAUAUUUUAAUUGUAAAUAAAACUUUGGGGAAGGGAUGGAUAGAAUUUAUUGGAUAUUUCUUCAUCUCUGUUUAUUGUCUAAAUUUUAGACUCACCUGGUGGAAACCAAGCUUUGGGGAUAUAUGAGUUUACCAGCUUGUAUACUAACAUAAUGAAAGAUGAUACGCUUGUCCCAUUUUUACCAAAACAUUUAGCUUUAUCCAAAAAGUACAUAUUGCUUCCACGUUGAUUUAAUUAAGUGGAUGAAUUAGUAAAAGCGGUCCUCGUGACUUUUGGACAGUAGAUUUAUCAGUCUAAAGUAAAGCCAACUUUAAAAAAUAUAUCCCUAAGAUUUGUACUCAUAUUUUGAAAAGGGCCUGACCAAGUAUAUUAACCCAUUUUGAACUGUAAUUAUUAAUUAAAAUUGCAAGUAGGUAUGGUUUUUUCUGAUGUAGUUAAUAAAAUAUAAAUACAAAAUAUGGGCUGGUUUGUCUUUCAAGUAAAAGUUGAGCAUAAACUCGUGCUUAACUAUCUUUAAAAUUAUUGUUGCACAUUUUAAAUAUUUUUCUAUAUUUUCUUUCAUAAUCAUUUUAGUUCUUUAUUACAGAAAUAAAUUGUUUUGAAAAUGAAUAGCUAACUCUGUGAACUUAUUGGUGACUAGGCUUCUAGGUGGUAAUGAAUAAAAGAGGAGGGAAAAAAAUAAAACAGUAAUAGAAAUAAAUCUGAUUCCUGGUUCUUUUAUCUGUUAGAUUUACCAAGACUUUGCUCUUCUAAUAAAAUUUAUAUUAACUUUUGAACAUAUUAGAUUGAGACGGUGUAUUCCUUUUCCUUGGUAAUUUAUAAAAAUCCAUCGAUUAUCUUAGUUUGAAGCCAAGGACAUAUGAAAUUUUAUGGUUAGAGUUUGUACAUGUUGGUAAAUUGUGCUACUGCACUAUACCCAUAGGAGGAAUAAAUUUUAAACAAUAGGUGGCUCCUAAGAAUUGAGCCAGUAAAAUUCAAAUAUGAAGAAAGUUUGUUCUUGAGAAUCAUCAGCCAGCAUCAGUAACUCUCAAAAACAAAGUAAUCUCUGGAUUUGACCUCUCCCUGAGCUCCAGACUUUUAUAGCUACAGCCUACCUAACAUUUCUGCUUUACUAGUGGUCAUCUUAUGACCUAAAACAAUUUUUGGUCUCUUUCCUCCACCUUGUUCCUUUCUAGUUUCCCCCAUCUCAGUAAAUGUUACAUUUAGCUUUUCAGUUGCUUAAGCAAGAACUCUAAAAAUCAUCCUUGACAUAUUUUCAUAUUCUACAUUAAUUACAGCAAAUCCUAUUCAAUUCAACAAAUAAUAUCCCACUUCACACGCCUACUAGUACCACUCUAGUUAAAGGCCCUCUUAUCUUUUCAUAUUACUAUUCCUCAACAGUUCAGAAAAGCAGAACGAUCCUUCUAAAAUGUGAAUUGCGUAUCCUUCCCCUGCUCUCAACUCGCAUGGCUUUUCAUCACACUUCAAACAAAAUUCAAAAAUUUCUCUAAGACCUACAUGGCUUUAUGAGAUCUGUCCUUCAGCCACUUCAGCCUCAUCUGCUAUUCUACUUGUUCAUCCUGCUUUAGCCACAUUGGCUCUGCUGUUCUGCUCACACAUAAGCACAUGCUCAGCUUAAGUUCUUUCCAUUUGCUGUUUCCUUUACCCAGAGUACUUUACUCCCAAAUAUUUGUGUGGUUUGUGCUUACUCUAAGUCUUUGCUUAAAUAUUACCCCUUUAUGCUAUUUUUCCUUGACUUACCUGAACUAUUACCUCACCUCUGUCACUUUUAUUUUUUGUAACACUUAUUAUCUGACAUUAUAGGUUAUUUUUAUUUAUCUAUUAAAUGUCUGUUUUCCCCCCACGGGAAUCUGUAAUAUAUAAGCUCCUUAAGAUCAGAGACCUUGUCCUGUUCUGUUCUGUCCUGUUUAGUUCUGUAUUCCCAGUACCCAGAACAGUGUCUGAUAUAUUAGAGCACACAAUAAACAGUUGUUUAAUGAAGAAAUAGACACUCAUUUGAUCUUAACUACCCUCAGAAUAUAUCCGGAAGCUCAAUACUUCUCUCCAUUUUUAUUACUACCACUGUAGUUCAGCCUCCUUCAUCUCCUCCCUGGAUUUCUUUAUAAAAAUGAAUGUCUCUCGCUUCUACUCUUGCCAUUUCCCAUCCCUUUCUUCCUCAAACAGUCUUUUCUUUACAUAGAUCUUAAGUUUUUUUUUUAAAGGUAAAUUGUACUGUGACACUCCCUUACUUGAAAACCUCCCAUGGCUUCCCAUUGAAUCAAGUAUGGAAUCUAAGUUCUUUGUUCUGACUGACCUGGCCCAGCCUGACUCAACCCUAUGUCCUCUUUGCUCUCUGCACUGCAGGCAGAGUAGCCUUUCUGUUUAUUGAGUAAGCUGAGGCUCAUCCCCUUCCAGGCUUUGACACUUACAGCUUUCUCUGCCAGGAACCCCUUUUAAUAGUUUGCAUGGCUGAUUUAGCAUUCAACUCUGCCCGAAUAUUUCUACUUCCCUCAAUCACUAUCACAUUAUUCUGUUUUCUUCAUAGGAUUGGUCACUAUCUGAUAUUUUAUUGUCUGUCUCCCCCACCACAAUGUAAAUUUAGACUUUGUCAUUCCUUUUCGCCCUUGUAUAUCCUGGAUAUAGAAUAGUACCUAGAAUACAGUAGAUAUUAAACAUAUGUUGAAUAAAUGAAUGAAUGUAUUAAUUAAAUAUCAGAUGAGGAAAAUGCCAUACAACAGUGUAAAGAUGAUUAGAUGGAUAGUAAACUUUAUAGGCUAUUGGAAUUUGUAUAGACUAGUGAGAAAAGUUCAAUUCAGAUUUGGAUAGACGAGCUCUGACAUUUGUGAUUAUGUGAACAUUAGUAAUUGCCUCUAUAAAGAGGCUGAUGAUAACCUUUUAGAGUAAUUUUUAAUCUUAAAUGUGUUAGUGCAAAUGAAGUAUAUUGUGUUACACAAAAAGGCAUUAGAUAAAUGUAAGCUGCCAUAAUUUUUUUGUAGUGUUCAUUAUGCUAUUGGGAGAAGGUAUUUGCUCCCAAUAUUAAAGUAGUAUCUACUUAUCAAUGAAAAUGCAAGUAUAGAGAUGCGGGGAGAGGAAUUUAUAACAGCUAAAAUUUUGAUGGAAAGAUCAGCCUAUGCUGUGUGUACAGCAUAUGUGAUAGUUGAGAUAAAUAUAAAUAUAUAAAAUAUCUGCAGUUUAACAAGCAAUUGUAAAAUUAGCUUCUGUUUAACCACAACUCGCUUGAAGAAAGAUCAUUUCCAAACCAUCAGAAGCCUUCCUGUAUAUGUAUCCCUUCCUAACCAUAACCUAUUCUUUUCCCCCAGAAAUAAUCACAAAAUUUAUUUUUGUAAUAAUCCUUUCUUUGGUUUUCUUUAGUUGUCUUAGCUAUUUACGCAUCUUUAAAUGAUAUAGUUUAGUUUUGCCUGUUUUUGUCCUUUAUAUGAAUGAAAUUAUGCUGUCAUGUAUUUUUGUGCAAGUUUCUUUAUAUUCAUGAUAUUGCAUGUAUCUAAUUCAUUGAUUUUAAUUGCUAUAUAGGAUGCUAUUUAUGAACAUACCGCAAAUAUUUAUUCAUUCUCCUGCUAAUGGAUAUUUGGGUUGUUUACAGUUCAAUACUGUCAUUAACAGUUCUGCUAAGAACAUUCUUGUACAUGUCCAUGAGGCUCUCUAGGCCAUAGAGAGGAGGGUACUACACCUAGGAGUGUCCUUGCUGGGUUUUAGGUUAUGCGUAUCUUAAACUUUCGUAGAAAAAUAGCAAAUUGGUUUCUAAAGUGAUCGUACCAAUUUAUACUGCCCUGGUAAAGAGUAAGCAAUUACUGGAAAAAACAGUUUGAGUGACCUACUAAAGUAUAAGAAUUUUCAUGGCAGAAUGAAAAAUUUGUUGCUAAUAUUCCAAAUUUUCACCUAUAUUUGAUGUUAUCAGUCUCAUUUUUUGCCAAGUUGAUGUGUAAUAUCUGUAUGUUAUUAAUUUGCUUGUUCCUAAGUUUAAAUGAGGUUGAGUGUCUUAUGUCUGUUCCAGUCUUUUGCUCAUUUUUCUAUUGUUUUUUCUUUUUCUUAAUGAUUUCAGUUCUUCACAUGUUCAGCAUGCUAAUUGUCAGUUACAUGUGUUGCAUGCAUACUCUCCCAUUCUGUUAUCGUUUCACACUUCGUGGAAGUUUGUGAUUUUGAUGUAGUCCAAUUAAGAUCUUUCCUCUGGCUAACAUGUUUUCCUUCUUUUUUAAGUACUCAUCCCCUACUUCAAGAUUAUGAAAAUUUUCUUCUAUAUUCUAAAAGUUUUAUAGUUUUGGCUUUCACAGAUUUACAAUUUACCUGAAAAUGGUUUUUGUGUAUAAUCUGAAAGGUCAAGUUUUAUUUUUUUCCCCCCAUAUGACUAUCUAAUUUAGUACUGAUUACUGAAAAGAUUAUCCUAGUCCUACUGUUCUUCAUUGAUAUCCAUUCGCUGUUUAGAUUUUUUUCUUUUUACAGUACAUUUGAAUCAGAAUCCAAAUAAAGUCCCCACUAGCAAUCGA